AUGAGAAGCAAAUCCAUCUUAGCUGGUGCCGUUAAUGUUCCAAUUGAACCAACAUCAAAUGUUGACUCACGAACGACAAACAAUAUUGUCAUAAAGAACUAUAGUUCAGAGUGUUUGAAAGAAAAAGAACCAGAACUUAAGUCGGUGAAUUUAAACUCAGCUUCAAACGCUAACGCUACAUCAGAUGUUAAGUUAGAGUAUCCACCACUGGACCAAAUUCUUUCAAGAGAAGCCAACGACAAUCCUUACACAAAUGUUCAAACAAAUCCUUCAGAUAACGUAGACCAUUACCUUCUUCAGUUAUACCAAACUAUCUUACUCAAAGACGAUAAGAAGCUUUUGACAAAUCUUAUAAGCAAGAACCAAAUAAUUCUAACAAAGGAGGACCUUGAAAAUGUUAUCUCACAAAUAACAGGGAAACAAUGUGUCAUUGACUAUCUCGACCCUGAAAUCGAAUGCUGUGUUCUGAAAAAGAAUGAAGAAGGAAUUAGCGGAUGCAGCCGAAGCACGCUCACAAAUUACUCUCAAUAUCCACUCAAAUCAUACAAAGUUUUGUCGAAUAGUUUGAUAUAA